CACAGCAGUACGUUGCAACAAUCGGCCAACAGCCGACAUGUCAUGGCGCAACUGUAUAGUGUUGUGUUUGCUGCUUCGGAAUGCCUUUGCUUGGUCAGGAGAGGGCCAUUUCCAAAUCGCGAUGGUGGCGCAGGGCUUCCUGCGCGAAAAGCUUCGGAAGAAGGUGAAAGAUAUGUUGAAGGGCGACCUGGUGGAUUUUGCACACUAUGAGCAGAAACUCACGGUGCCAGAGACAUCCAUGUGUCAUUUCCAUCACCAGAAGCCUGAGUGGCAAUGUGGCCAGGGCAUUGGACGCCAAGGGAAGGUUCAUUGCGAUGGCUCAGAAGCAGGAUACUUCUCGCUUCUGUGUGCCGUCAGUCUGACCUUCCAAAAGUUUUCCUACGAUGCUCUGAUGCGAGAAUAUCCCCAGUCGGAUUUCUUCAGGAUGCCCGUUUCGGAUUACUGGUCCAACUUCAAGCAGUUGCCAGAAGCCGCUCACUAUUCGGACAUGCAUCAGCCGUUGCAUUGGCUGCGUGGAGACUUUGAGUAUGGCAGGAAUAUCACGGUGGUCGCGAAGGGAAAGGAGUAUUCUCUCUUCGAUUAUUGGGAAAGCCAGCUGCCACUGGACUUCCAGCUGAACGAUUUCCAUGGCGAUCCCAGGAUGUACAAAAAAUGGCAUCACUUCAAAGAACAUCCCGGCGAAGUCUUUGCGACUUGGGGAGCCUCGGCCGAUGUCGCCAGUGUCGUCGUAUGGACGACCUCAAGAGAGCGGCCUGCUUAA